AUUCCUCUCAACUACAACCAACUUAACUCAAGGCUUUUAUUACUAACAGUAUGGUCAAACAAACUAAAUUCUAUGAUCCAACUACUGCUCCUUACUUAGACCCUAAGAAGGAUAGACGAGUAGUCUUUAUUACAGGUGGGAACUCAGGAAUUGGGUGGUAUACUUGCUUACAUUUGUACUUGCAUGGAUAUAUUGUUUAUGUUGGAGUAGAACUGAAAGCAAAGUGGUGAAGGCAAUUGAAGAUAUCAAAACCGAGGCCAAGGCUAGAGGAGAAAAGUAUACCCCUGAGGAAAGACAAAACAGACAUUUUGGAGAAUUGAACUAUGUAUACAUUGACUUAACUGAUUUAUCAACCGUGCCCAAGGCUGUGGAAACUUUUGGAUCCAAGGAAAACAAAUUAGAUGUGUUAAUUAAUAAUGCUGGGAUUAUGGGUGUUCCUUAUGAAGAAACUAAAGAUGGCUAUGAAAUUCAAUAUCAAGUUAAUUUCGUCGCUCCCUUAUUAUUAACUUUGAAGAUGGUGCCUUAUUUGUUAGCUACCGAUAAACCAAGAGUAGUAAAUGUCUCUUCAAUUGGCCAUAAUGCCGAGUUUAAGUAUUUUGCCCCACAAAAUCACCAUUUUAACAACUUCCCCAAUUCAGUCUACACCUGGUUAAGAUAUGCUAAAUCAAAAGGCUCUCAAAUUCAAGGUGCAAAGGCAUUAGCUAAACAGUACCCUGAAAUUCUUUCACUUUCAGUUCACCCAGGAGUUAUAAUAGGUACAGAAUUGUAUUAUCAUUGGAGAAAUAUCCCAGGGUUGAAGUAUGUUACUAAUGCCGCCUUUGCAGUUUUAGAUAAAACGAUAGGAGUUAGCAAUGAAGAAGGUUCAUUAGCCUCGUUGAGAGCAGCAAUGGACCCAGAAUUAACACUCAAGGACAAUGGAAAUUACUUUACUACUGGAGGAAUUGCAGAUACCCCAAGUUCUGUUGCUUCUAAGCAAAGUAACAUUGAAGAGACUUGGAAGUGGAACAUUGAACAAUUAGAAGAGCGUGGUUACCAUUUUGACUUUCAAUAAGUGUUUGCUUAUUUUUCUCUUACAAACUAUUAUAAAACUCAUAUGAACAAUUGUUAUUUUUUUUUGUGUGUAAUGGAUAUUGACUAUACCCUUCGGUUAAAUAGUCACACCCACAUGCAGUUUUUUUUUUCUGUGUCUUUAUCUUAUCACUUAAAUACACGUACUAAAUUUGUUUUAGGUUCUAUCUGGGGGAGGGGGCAAUUUAUUUUUCUAGUAACGAUAAUUUGUGAUGAUACUAAAUUCUUAUUUGUAAACUUCUCGUAGUAACUCCGAAUACCUUUUUCUUUUUGUUAUUAUCGCUCCUCAACUAAUCCUUUAGAAUUACCAAUAGCUUAUACCAACACACCUACGUCAAAACAUAUACUCAAUCUAAGGGUCCAGACCAGGAGAAAAUACUAAGCACUAUUCGCACCAUUCCUUUAUUAUUACAUUAAACUCGAUAUCGUACUUUUAUCUUACCAAGGUUGAAUGAUGGGCUUCUUCACAUUGUUAAGUCUCUUGAUUAACACGGUAUAUCCAGUUGUCGCGUCAUGCAGAGCAUAUGACAAUUAUACUAGGGUUGCCAGUACAAUUGCUUCUCAAAAUUUGAAAAUUGCAGGAGUGACCGUCCCACUCGGAUUACUCUUUGACACGUUAAAAGCAACUACUGGUAUCACACCUGAAUUGGAGUUACAAAGGCAUUUGAUUUCCAUUCAGAAAUGGUUCAUUUAUUGGAUUGUGAUUUCAGUCGCAACCUUGUUUGAAAACUUGUUAUUUUUAAAUACUAUUUUGCCAGGAUAUUCAAUAUUAAAGUUGGGAUUUAGUCUUUGGUUAAUCUUCCCUAUGAUAUCCCUUUCACUGGGCCAAAUGGAGAUUGAUUCAAGGUUUGAUAAUACUGACGAAUGGAAAAAGUUUACUGAAUCAGGAGCCGGAUUCUUGUUUUUCAGGUAUAUUAAACCCUGGAUAGAACACAAUAGGGAUAAGAUCAAUGAAGUUAUAAAUGAUCCAAUACAAUCGUUACAUUUGAAGGAGACUACCAAGUAUUUACCAAUUGUAUCAAGAUAUAUUAACCCCGAAGUUAGCAAGGCUAGCAAUUAUUCGGAACCGGGAUUUUUAGAUAGCUCGUUUGUGAUGGUAAUGAAUAUGAAGAACAAAUGGACUGGCGUGGAAGAGAAAGUGGCUGAUGAAUUUGAUAUCAUUGAAACUUCAUCUGCUGGGGAGGAAGCCACAACUAAAGAAGGCACCACGGUUACUAAACGAAAAGGGUUCCUUUGGUAGAGGAUACGCUUCACUAUUUACCAUUGUCAUAUGACUAGAGUAAUUGAAGUUCAAUUUGUAUAUUUCUUAUAAGAAUUGUUUAAUUAUGGUAUUUUUUUUGUUGAAAAGUAAUUGUUAAAAUUUUGUGUUAAUAUAACUCUAUAUACAAAAAGAGUGGUGGUGGUGGUGGUGGGGGGUAGACGUUGACGUCUAUACUAUUUACAAACCCAAGUAUUUAGAAACCAAAUCUCUGUCUGGCUUGCCUGCAACUUGUUUCUUAUAUUGACCAAGUUCUCCAGCACCAGUUCGUCUAAAGUUAGCAGGAACAAAAGCAUUUGGUAAUGGAUUACCUUUGUAUAAGCCAUCAUACAAGUCAGAAACUUUCUUUUCGUCAGAUCCAGUCUUUGGUUGUGCAAGGGCGAAUUGAACCUCUCUUUGUUCUUGUUGUUGUUCGACAAUCUUCUUAGGAACUUCGGGCCAGACAAAUGGUUCAGCCAUAUCAAUAGUCAUCUUCUUCAAUUGGGGACCUCUGUAACGGCCGAGAUCAUGUUGACCUCUUUGCCAUCUUGAAUGUAAUAACUGUACGGUAACAUUCAAUGCUCUUAAUCCAUAUACAUGCCACAAAUAAUCUCUUAAAUCCAAUCUGUUCAUAUUCUUUGGGACUAAAAACUUGGCUUGGUACGGUGUUUGUUUAGCGUUUGGUCUUAAAAGACAGAUUCUUUGCUUGGGGAAGUAGACCUUCUUACCACCAACCUUGAAAUGAGGUAAGCCCAAUUCAAUUCGUUCAUGUAACUGAAUCAAGUUUUUUCUAGCAAUAAUGUCACUUUUAGGCAAGAAUUUGAUAGGUGCAGGUUUUCCUGCUUCAAUAUAUUUCUGACGGAUAACUUCCGAUGGCAAUAAGGUAUCAGUAACUGAUUGAGAAAGUAAUGGCUCUCUUUGUUUUCUGUAACCAUAUCUUGGUGGGUUUAAUACCACAUCUUCUGAGUUGACCUUGGGAUAGUUCUUUGGUUUCAUAUUAUGAUGUAAGUUUCUGACAGAAACCUUCCAAAGAGAAGAAAACAUCUUGUUACACGCUUCCAUUGUGAGUUCUUCCUUGACUUAUCACUAGGUAUU